ACCGGUAGAGUACUCCGCUCAUUUUGCAAAUGCUUUCAAAUAACUACGGGGGUAGUUCAAAAGGUAAUUUUUAACCGGUGGCGUUUAUGAAAUUCACUUUGAAACGUCGAUAUCUCAUUAGUCUCCCUGUCCGCUUCAGUGGGUGCAUCAGGCAGCUUUGGAUGAGGCUUUGUUUUGAAGUUCUGCCACCACUCAACAACAGUCUGCUCCAGGCGAGGCUGCUCUUAACAGCCUUUCAUUGCUCGGCACGGUCUGCGCUCUCUGGAGACCGAAGCUUGCCUAACUUUAAAAAAAAACUUGGAGGCUGUUCACUUCCUUUAUUGCUGCGCUUCCCACAAUCCAGCACCAGUAUUUGUGUCUCUUUCAGGCGGGCAGAUAGAUAUCCCCCGGCUUCAGAUGAAAGCAGUCGCCCAUGCAGAUAAUGAUGUCCCCUUAUUUCUUUGUUGAGCUGUGCAACGACCCGUGAGUUUCUUUCUCCCUGAUGUGAAUCACUGAGUCCCGUGGACUGUCAACCACUCUCGGGUAACUGACGCCACGAACAACUAAUCGAGUCGGAAGAAGGGUCUCGACCCGAAACGUCACCCAUUCCUUCUCUCCAGAGAUGCUGACUGUUCCGCUGAGUUACUCCAGCUUUUUGUGUCUAUAAUCGAGACUAUAACAGUUUUGAUUAACACGGGCUCCGGUCGAUAUACCAACCGCACGUUAAAAAACCGACUGGAACCCGAGAAAAACAGGAAGAGGGAACCGAUCCGAGUUAAUUAAAUGUUUUUUUUCCCCCAGAUCUGCCUGCAGGAAGAUAUAUACUCCCGUAGUUAAGUACAUGUUUUGAAAGAUGUUGCUUCUGUCCGGACGUCACGUUGGAAGUCUAGUUGCCAGCUCUUGUCUGUAAUGUUUACUUUGCCCCAGUCGCUGGAGCUCGAAGCAGAGGAGGGACGUCGCUGUCAGCUCAGGCAGAAGCGCUUAGCUCUCCUGGGCCAUUUUGAGAUUUAAUUCUCUUUGUCGCCGCUUUGCUCUUCUUCUUCUUAUUAUUAUUAUUAUUAUUAUUUAUAUUAUUAUUAUUAUUGAAUAAUAGAGACUAGAAAAGGCAACGGAUGACACACAAGGAACUUGUGGACGACGCGAAUAAGUAACGUUGCACGACUCAAGGCAUGCAGCAAUCGACUUCCUGGAACAGUCCAGAGAGGAGAUUCUUAUGAAUUAAAUGCAUCAGAUUAAACAUGUGUUCCGCCAGUUAUCCGAACUGGGUUACAUUUGAUGAUGAUAAUGCUUUCCAGUCACCGAAAAGUUCCUUCAAAUCAGAUAAUGGUCUCAAAGGAUUCCAGUCCAAUGGCUUGGUGUUAAGUCUUUCUUCUCAACACGAAACAGCCUGGAUUUCUGCCUCUGGAAGUAACACGCCUCUUUCUCCACAUUGCUCCAGCUCUCCUUGCACCCCAACCUUUGGGUCUCAGACUCCAAUCACACCAAGCUCACCGAAGGAUAACUACUUAUUUAAAGUAGAGGAACAAUCACAAACCAAUCACUUCAGGUCACACAAUAAUGAGAAUGGAUACGCCAACCCUUUUUGGAAUCAGAAAUGUAUUUUACGGACUGAUGCUGCUCACUGUGAACAGGAGACUGACCACUCCAAUAAAGCAUCAGACAUUAACGCAACGCACACUUUCCUUCAUGGAAAUCACCCACCCAAGGAGAUAAGAGGAGACAAUCAAAGUCAGAGCAAUUCUCCUCUGAUUGUCCUUUGCCAAAAGCUUGAAAAAAUACAAGCAGAGGAUUUCCAGUUGUCACAGAGAUCGACAUCGGGAAGCAAACAGCUUAAUACUCAAAUUUCUUUGUCAGUUGGUAGAGAUUUCUUCAGACGUGAGUGCAAAGAUGGCUGGCCUUUAAUGAUGAGGAUCCCUGAGAAGAAGAACAUGAUGUCUUCUCGUCAAUGGGGUCCAAUCUAUCUCAAGCUCCUAGCUGGUGGUAUUUUACAGUUAUAUUAUGAGCAGGGCCUUGAGAAACCGUUUAAAGAAUUGCAGUUGCAACCUUACUGCAGGCUCUCAGAACCCAAACUGGAAAACUACAAGGAGUCAGGAAAGAUCCACACAGUGAAGAUUGAACACGUAUCGUACACAGAAAAACGCAAGUAUCAUCCGAGACCUGAAGUCCUUCAUGAGGCAGAGGUUGAGCAAGUGUUGAAGUUGGGAACGACCGACUGUGGGGAUAUCACAGACUUGAUCGCAGCGGUUGAAGAGGAACUAAUGAAGCUGCCUCCCCCAACCCAGCGAAGAAAGGUCUACGAAGAGCAAGACAUGACGCUAGAACUAACAGAUCACUUCUGGGGAACAUUUACAAAGGAAGGAAAGCUCUUUCAAAGUUCCGUGACGACUCGCGUUCAUUGUUUGUGCUUCAUUAAUGGCAAUAUAGAAUGUUUCUUAGCUCUCAAUGACUUGCAGCUACAGAUCAAGGACCGAAGUUACUUAAAAAAUGACACAGACAGCACAUGGAUUCAGAUCUGCGAUUACCAUGUUCACAAGUGUGUGAAGGAAAAUGAGUUUGAGAAAUCUAGAAUUGUUAGAUUCACCCCUCCGGAUGCCUGUAGACUGGAACUGAUGCGAUUCAAAACCGUCUGUGAUGAUCCCCAGCUUCCUUUUUUACUGAAGGGUUUGGUCACAGUUCAUGGAGCCUACACAGAACUGCAAGCCUUUCUUGUCAUGUCCCCUACUACUUAUUCUAACCUACAAAGCACGCUGCCUUCGAAGUACUGUGAAAACGUGAUGAUACGCUUUCCUGUUCCUUUGGCCUGGUUCAAAAUAUUCCGCACCGUCCAUCUCUUCAGACAGAAGUCGUUGAAGGCUAAGAAGAAUUGGAAUGCGCGGCUUGGCUCUGUUAGCAUGUCAGGUGGUGAACCAGUGAUGCAAGUCACCAUUGGCACUGCCAAAUAUGAACAUGCUUUCAGGGCAAUUGUCUGGAGGAUUGAUAGUCUACCCGACAAAAAUGCAGCAUCUGAUCAGCCGCAUUGUUUUUCUUGCAAACUUGAGUUGGGUUCAGACCAGGAGAUACCUUCGGAGUGGGAGCCACUUGUCGCUGUUGAAUUUGAGGUGCCUGACUCAACAGCUUCCAAAACAAAAGUGAAGUCAUUUGGCACAGAGAGUGACAUCCAACCGGAGAAACACAUUCACCUAAAAACUCGAUACCAUUACCAGCCAAGGCUUUAUAAAUCUGUUAUUGAGGAUGUCAUCAACAAUGCACAUGACUAUUUCCUUGAAGAAGGCAUUGAUGAUCAUGUUCUUAAAGAUCUAAAGCAGCUUUGGGAAAGCAAACUUCUCCAAUCGAGAGCCGUGGAAGGCUUUUUCAGGGAAAAUAAUCAUCAGCAGAUUAUGUUAGAACUUCACCAGAAAACUCAUCAGACUCUACACACGUCCUCAGCUUCUGUUGUGAUUCCUUCUGGUAGAAGUGUUCAGAAUUUUACAUCUGCAGAACUUAGCUCUUCAGGGACAUCAACUACUCUUGCACUACCCUCGGGCAUUAGUCUUCCAAUACAGGUCCCUGCUGGAGUUACCUUGCAGACUGCUUCAGGUCAUAUGUAUAAAGUCAAUGUGCCAGUUAUGGUAACCCAAGGUGCUGGAGGUCAGAAAUACUUCCAACAGCCUGUUCACCACAUUAUUCAUCAAGUAAAUACAGUUACAGGGCAGACGGCACUAAUCCAGCAAAAUUCUGGUCAAACACAUGUCAUUCAACCAUCUUCCCAAGAUCAAGCAUCCAUGCUCCAGCAAUCCAAUUCAGGUCAAGUUUCCUCGCAUCAACAGUUGUUGGCAAACCAACCUUUCGAUGUAGCUGGCCAGUCCAUUCUGCAACAACCUGGCAUGUCACGGCACGUAUACAUUCAGCAAUCUGGUGCGAUGAAGCAGGUCGUUUUGCAACACUCUGGGAUGGGUGUACAGACAGGGCCUCACCUAAUUAUUCAGAGGCAGCCCAUGGCAAAUACAGGGACACUAACGCAGCAGCAGUUAGUAACCACACAACCAGCAAGGCUCGAGCUGUCUAUGGAAGAACAAACAACCUCAAGCCAGACUCAACAUUUAGAGAGAAUUCCUCUAGCACAUGCACUCAUAGUUCAAAGUCAAUCAUCUGAACAAAAUGAAGGCAUGAACAUGUCACAGUGCGUUUCUGAUCAGUGUGCAACUCAACAGUUUGCACCCCAGGUAAAUGAGACGAUGUUAAUGCUUGCAGCAACUUCAGAAGAGCAACAGGUUACGGUUGAAACAUCAUCCAUCCCACAACUGGAUGGGACCAAUGACACUUCGUCUGAUGAAGAAAUUGGGAACCUACGAGAAGUAGAAGAAAAUGAUAUACUUGGAAUUAUUGAUGCUGAAGACCUGAAAGCCCUAGAAGGUUAUGAUGAAGAUAAUAGUUCCAGUGAGGACUCUUCCUGUGAUGACAGUGACGAGCAACCAAAAGAAGACAUUAGAGAAGAAGAUCCUUUGAAUUCAGGAGAUGAUGUGAGUGAGCAAGAAGUACCUGAUCUAUUUGAUACAGAAAAUGUAAUUGUUUGCCAGUACGAUAAGAUUCACAGAAGUAAAAACAAGUGGAAAUUCUAUCUUAAGGAUGGAAUAAUGACCUACAAUGGGAGAGAUUAUGUAUUUUCUAAAGCUGUUGGGGAUGCAGAAUGGUAGGAAUGAAAAAAAAUCAAUUAAGCAACGUGACAAGUUCUUUACAAGUUACUUGAAAUGAUUGGUGGCUUUCCAUUUCCCAUCCUUAAAUUGGUGAAUUCUUUUUAUUCUUUGACUUAAUUAGAAUUACGCAUACCUAUGGUAAAAAUGAUCAGGACUUGCUGUGAUGCAAGUUCUUUCAAAAUAGAAAUCACUUAACUGACUAAUAAUAAAAAUUCAGAAAAGCAACAUGCAUUUGAGUGGAGGAAAAGAGGCUAAUUAUAUUGUAUAAUAGAAUUUAUGUUGCACAAACAAUAUUAUAAAUAGAGAUAAACUAGUAAUAUGCAAAAUGUCUUAUCUUGUGGGGAAAGAAAACUAAAAUAUAUACAGGAUACCAGUGCAACAAGCCUCUUUUGAAGACGUGUUAGCCACAGUGUAAGAAUUUGGUCCACGAUGAGAGAUAAUUUCUUCAGUGGUUAAUUUCUAAUCCUUUUUCAUUUUGGAGGAAAAAAGCAGGAUUUACUAACGUUACAAAUUGAAUAUAUCCAUUUGAUGAGCAAUCUUUAAAAAUGGCAAUCACUAGUUUGAAAGUAACAUUGGCUAGGAUUUGCCCUUCAUACGUUUCAAAUGUUUUCUUAAUGAAGACGUGCACAAUGGUUUCGUUAUCGGGUGUGUUCCGUUAGUGUUGUGUUUUGUAGAAGUACUGCAAAGAUGAUAAUUUUCCUUUUGUUGUAGUUAAAAUCUUCCAUGCAAAAUACUAUAUUAGCAGGCAUUCCACAACAAAUUGGGAUUUGAAUCAAAUAUGCAGAAUGUUUAUUUAAUAAUAUUUGGAAUGCUAUGCUGACAUUUUGAUUUCCUGAGAAAUGUUAUAACAUUUAUUAUUGCUUUAUUUGUCAAAGGACAUAAUCUGUCUUUCAAAUUAGGUUUUUCUCUUCUUUUGUGUUCCUCACCUAUCUGGUUUUCUUUCACCGUGCAACCAGGAGGACAUAUUACCCAUUACCUGUGCUAGAUCAAAAGAAGCAGAAAUUGAGCAGUCAAUGAUGAUGCUCUACUUUUUCAUAUCCUUUUAUUAAAGAACCUCAACCUAAUUCCCCAAGAAUUGGUGGUAUAGAUUGAUAUUUUGUUGAUGUUAUGGAUUUGUUUUUGAUUGUUCAAAGGAAUUGACUGCUUGCAAUGCUGGUGUUUACAUUCCAUCAUCAAUUGCCUUCAUAACACUAAAUCCAGGUUCUGAUGGUAUAACGUAGCAUUUGUUUUUCCAAGACCGUGAGUAUCUGGAUCGUAAAAUGGACAAGUGCGUAUUUAUGAUUAAUCUUUCAUUGAUUUAAGCGCAGCAGUGUGAAACAUUGAACAUUGAAAACGUUGUUAGAGUUGUGAUGCAUGUUGAUUGUUUACAGUGCCACCAUGGCUUGCUUUCAUUUUCAGCAUAAUUACUAUUACUGCUGUGAUUACUUUUGGUUUUGUUUCACUUGAGAAUCAUUUGUAAAUCAGUGCCUUUAAGAAAUAUAAAAAAUAUAUAUUUGUGUUCUAUUUUAGUGAACAAAGUAUUCAAAAACAAAAUAAAAACUGGAAAUUUCUCCUAUUAUGAAAUUCAUUUACUAUUACCCUAU